AUGUUUACAAAUUAACAUACUGUUACGCUCAAUUCUUUUAAUUAACAGCAAGUUUUGCGAAUCAUGUGAGGAGUGUGGUACGAUUACGUGAAACGAAGUAAUCGUGCUUUUUGACAAUUUCCACUCUGGUCCGUACUUGCACCUUCUCUAUGUUAUACGUUCUCUGUCUGAGUCAAUUUCUGUGAUAUCAUACUAGUUUUGUUUUGUCCAAUUCAGUGAAAGAAAAAUGGAAUUUCCUCCAUGUCCAGCAACUUUAAAACAGAUCCAGCAUUUCCUGAAAAUUGCACAGGAACACGACGCACGGGAUAUAGUUGUUGCGUAUUGGGCCCGGCUGUACGCAUUGCAAAUAGGUUUGAAAAUAUCAAAACAGCAGCCAGAUGAAACCAAACUAUUGCUGGCUAUAAUGGAUUGGUUGGAAAACACUAAAAAGACUCAAGUUGAAAAUGAAGCAAUUACGAACGAGGUAGCGGCGCAAGCACAUUUGGAAAAUUAUGCAUUGAAACUCUUCCUGUAUGCAGAUAAACAAGAUCGCGAAUCGAAUUUUGGAAAAAAUGUUGUUAAAGCAUUUUACUCUAGCGGUGUUAUCUACGAUGUUUUACAAACAUUUGGCGAAUUGUCUGAAGAAUCCAUACACAACCGCAAAUAUGCCAAAUGGAAGGCAGCAUACAUACACAAUUGCCUGAAAAAUGGUGAGGUACCAAUUCCAGGUCCAAUGCCAGAAAAUGAAGAUGAGUUUGGAGCCGUAGGGGGCGCUGAUGGCAAUAAUGAGGGAGAAGGUGCACAGGCAGAUGGCGAUGGUGAUGGUGAUCCUGAAAUCACAGCCAUUCCACAAGAUCCACCGUCAGAUGAACCUGUUGGUCCGGCACCAAUUCCGGAUCCGUCACCACCACAAAGUCCGCCUCCAACAGUAGAUGAAGUUCUGAAUAAUCCAAAUAAAUUACCAAGCCCACCAGUCGACGAAGAAAAACCUGGUGGCUUCGAGCCAUACGAACCGCAAGCACAGCAGAAUCGUAUUUAUAUUCCACCAACGCCAGUGGCCGAUUUACAGCUAACACCAGAACAAAUAAUGAAAGCUCAGAAAUAUACGAAAUUCGCUGGUACUGCUCUUAAUUUCGAUGAUGUAAAAACAGCUAUUGAUAAUUUGCAAAAAGCAUUAAAACUUCUAACGACUGGCGAGGAUAGCUAAAUGAUUUUUAUAAUGGUAUAAAUUGCUUUAUUAAUCAAGUACUCGCAAAGUUUAGUUGAAACUCACUAUAAAUUGUUUAUGUUAUAAACGAGUAUAUAAUGUAUUAAGAAGUGCUAGAAAGGAUUUAUUGCCUUAAAUAAGAGAUAAAUAUUCAAAUAAAAUGCAAAGCUUUCAAACUCAA